GCAACCCGCGAUGGCCGUGGCGGCAUUGGCUCCUGCGUUUCGUUGUGGGCGGCGGCUCGGUCAGAGGGGCGCGCGGGCAGGCUCUCUGUUGUGGUCUACAUCUCGAAGUCAAAGUUCACAAAAUACCUCAUCACAGCAACGUUCUAGAAUAAUUUGAAAUGCACCCCACCCCUUCAUCACCAGAGUUUGCAGCUUUUCAGCACCUGGCCUAAAGAGACAACCCUUCUUUGAUACAUAAGGUUGCUUUAGAGAGCAUUCCCGAUCAUCAGAUGACAGAACUGGGUGCCAUCUAAGCAGUGAACAGUAUUUGGAGGCUAAGGGAGAAAACAAGUACUCUGUGCCAGCUGUGUACCAUGAGUUCAGCCAGAGCAAAGGCUAAAUGUAGAAAAAGCAAGAAGGAUACCUUCCUUGUGCCGGCAAGGCCCACCGGAGGUCUAGACAACACAACUACAGGGCAUCCUUCUGAAACAAGUGUAUUACCCACUUCCUCAAUGCCUUUACCUUUAGCCUCUGCUGGUUCAUCCUCUAAAGCAGAGCCCGGCAUUUUGAAAAGAGCUGCUCACCUGAAUGAUAGUAAAGAAAUGAAAGAGGAAGAGGUUGAGAGGAAACACUAUGGAGAAGAACAUUCUCUACAAUCCCGUAACCAAAACAGAAUGACAGUUGCAGCUCAGCAAGCACCUCCAGCAGCAGAGCCAGGUGAAAGUGCUGAUGAAGAAAUAAUAGACCUUACCUGUGAAUCUUCAGUAGUUAACAGUUUGCUUAACGAUUCUGUUGUGUUUGUUGAGGAGACUAGAAGGGGACAAAAUGAAGAAUCCAGAAACAGAUCCCUCUUUGACAGCUGUAUAUUAUGUAGCGAUGAUGACAUUUCUACCGGAUAUAAAGGGAGUGAUGUCCUAGUCACCCCUGAGUUGCCCAACAAAUUGGGAAUGGAAAGAGCUGAAAAUUCACCGCCUUCAGGCAUUGUGCGCUGCCCAAUUUGCAUGGAUGACUCUGUGGAAAUUGUACGUAGUGGACGGCUUGUGGUGUCCACAAAAUGUGGUCACAUCUUUUGUAAUGAGUGUCUCAGUCAUUCUCUUAACAGUGCUAGGUUUUGCCCAACUUGUAGGGAGAAACUCAAUCGCAAGCAGUAUCAUCCAAUUUAUAUAUGAAGACAUGGGUGCCCCUGAGAACAAUCACGAGCCUUUGAACAAGUUAGAGUUAAAGGAAUAAAGGUUAAAUAUACAACUGGAAUGACUGUUAGGGUUUUUUGAUUGCCUGCUCAUUAACCAUUUAGUUAUAUUGUCCAAAGUCAAUUUUGUUUCAACAGUUUUCACAGUGUAAGUAAUUUAAGAUCUUCAAAUGUUUGUUACAUACAUAAGGCUAAUGUGGCCACACUAUUUUGGAAUACAUAAAAAGGUUUGCUGUACAAUUUUAUGUUUGGAGAAAAUAGUUAUGUUUGAAUAAAAUAGAUACAAAGUGAGCUGCUUCUUGCCCAGCUGCCCCCGUACUAGAUCAUUUGAAUCCUGAAAGUAUAACCAGAGGUGACAAGCUCCUGGAGAACCUCCACUGUUGUAAAAUGUAUUUUGUAACCAUGUUGUAAACCUAAACACACCUUUGAAUGGAGAUUAAAUGUAAUACUAAACGUUGCUCAUGAUUAGAGUUGCUGGGCUUCUAUUCUGCUUAAAACCAUCUCUUUAAAGAAGUACUUCCGACUACUCUUUGUUUCAUGUAUGUUCCACAAGUAUGUUUUUUUUCUUCUGUUAGAAAGAAUUAUAGAAUUGAUCCCUAAAUGUAUUUGUUUUGGUAAUAAGAAAAGGCAGAUAGCUCUGUAUACAAAAACACUGAAGCUAACUGUAUUUAGCUCUGUCAGCCUAUGCCUUUUAUCCUGAGGCUGAUCCCUUCUAGGUGUGAUACACUACAGUUUACACCAGCCUCUGUUAGCUAUGCAUGCAGUGGAUUAUUAGAGUUGUGAACCCGGACAGCUGCAGGGUACUUGUUUUGAGGCGGGUGGCUUAUAUAUGCAUCCAUUCUGUGAAAGACAGAACAGUAGAAAAGCAAAACCAUUUUGUGGGCAUUGUCUAGAAGUAACUAAAACUCUAUCCCAGAGAACCCUAGAAGUUUAAUAACAACAAAGUACACUUACUCAAAGAUUUAAGACUGAACUUGGGGCUGUAAUAGCUAUAUAACAUGAAAGCCAAAAUAGGAAUGAUGAAUCAGAAUUCAUAACUGGUUGCUGUAUUCAUACUGAUUACUUCGUAUUUCUGUUUGAACAAAAACUAUUUUCUUCGUAUACCGUACUACAAUUUCAUUAGUAUAGAAAUUAGUAUAUGGUUUUCUAUACUAAUGAAGUAAUGCAGUACUGAACUACAUUAUAUGCUAUAUUUCUGUAGCAUCCAAGUUUAAUGUACUAAUAAGGUACAGAAGAGAAGUGUGUUGGAAGUUAUUUGUGAGCUAUUAUUUCUCAAGUGAAGCUAGCUGUUAUAAAUAUCAUUAAUUUUCAUUAAAUUUAAAAAAACAAAAGCAACAUUUCCUCUUAUCAUUUUAGAGUGAGUAAUGUUAGUUCAGUCAUAGAACAGGAGAUUUUAAAACACUGUCAAAUGCUUACUUAUAUUAUACUCGUAUUGAUGCAUAUAUAGCUCGUAUUUGUGUUCACAGUUCACUGAUUGUCAGAUUUUUGUACUCGCACUGAAAAUAAAGCCAUUUAAAUAUA